AUGGAUUUCCUUGUGGGAGGCCUAGCAGGCGUUGGAGCUGGGUUCUUUAGCAACCCAUUUGACGUUGUCAAAACACGAAUGCAAUUGCAAGGUGAGCUCCGUGCGAAAGGCCAACAUGCUGUGUACUAUAAGAAUAUACCACAUGCCAUGUACACUAUAGUGAAACAUGACGGAGUUUCUGCAUUGCAAAAAGGCUUAGUACCUGCCCUAUGGUUUCAGCUUGUUGUUAAUGGUGUACGGUUAGGCAUAUACCAACAAGCCGACAACUAUGGUCUAUUGCGAGAUGAGAAAAAGAAUACUAAGUUUAUCAACAGUCUCUUCUUUGGAUCUAUUGCUGGUAUGUGCGGUGGAUUAGUUGGAAGUCCCUUACAAUUAAUUAAAACACAGUUGAUGUCAUAUUCAUCUAGAAAGAUUGCUGUUGGAACUCAGCAUGGCCACCCCGGUACAUUAUAUGCCUUAUCCAAAAUAUAUAACAAAAAUGGCUUUUUUGGCCUUUGGAGAGGAGCCCAUGGCAUGAUGAUUAGGAAUUCUAUUGGUUCAGCAUCACAAAUUGCAUCAUAUACUGUUUGCAAGGAAUGGAUGGACAACAACAACCUAUUCCAGCAGUCAAAAUAUCUCUCGGCCUUCUUAGCAAGCAACGUGGGUGCUAUUGUGAAAACGGUCACUCUCACGCCAAUGGACGUUAUCAUGACGCGUCUCUAUAAUCAAGGUGUCGAUGCAAAUGGUCGCGGCGUACUCUACAGUGGAAUAAUGGAUUGUGCACGAAAAAUAACUAAAACAGAGGGUCUCUUAGCUUUUUAUAAGGGCAUAGGUCCUUCGUACUUUCGCCAAGCACCACAUACCGUCCUUUUACUAGUAUUUUGGGAUAUGCUUAAAGAUUUACAAAAAACGACGACUUUAAAAAUG